AUGCGCCGCCACUCCUCCUCCAGCGCCAUGCGUCCUCUGCUCGUGGUCUCCUCCGCCUCGGCAGACGAGGACACCGUCUACGACGACGACGACACAGUGCCUAUGUCGCGCUCCCGCACAAGUACGAGCAUAUACGAUGCGCCGUACUGGAAGUUCCUCGACGACGAGACCGAGGAACUGCGACGGUUCAGAACUACUUCUACUUAUGCCACUUACAACAACUUCUUGUUCGAACAGGCUGGCGAGUCGGCUGAAUACCUUCCCGAUGUUGGAUACAGACCAUGGCUUGCUGCUCUCGGUGGAUUCAGCGCGCAGUUCUGCUCGUUCGGCUACAUGAACGUCAUUGGCGUGUUCCAGACCUACUAUGAAAACAACCAGCUCGCCGACCUCUCCCCUUCGACCAUUUCCUGGAUCGGAUCUAUCCAGACCUUCAUCCUCGCUCUUGGCGGUCUCUUCGCCGGCCGUAUGUGUGAUAUGUACGGUCCGCGAUGGCUGACCAUCCCCGGAUGCAUCUUCCUGACCGUCGGUGUUUCGACCACUGCGGUGUGCACGGAGUACUACCAGUUCAUCUUGGCCCAGGGUGUUUGCUCUGCGUUUGGCGCCUCGCUUCUGUUUUACGCUACCACGGCCGCAAUCACGGGAUGGUUCAGCGUCCACCGUGGUCUUGCCUUUGGAGUUGCUGCCUCUGGUGCUUCGUUCGGUGGUAUCGCUCUUCCGUUCCUGUUCGACAGCGUAGUCAGAGCGUACUCUUUCAAGGCCGCAGUCUUUUGCGUCGGCGCGCUCUUGUUUUUCUUUGCUGCCAUCGCCGCCAUCGUCACCACUUCGCGCAUUCCUCCUUCCGGCCACGAGCCUUACCAGUUUGUGCACUUUUACCUCAAGCCGUACCUCGACCCUGUCUUUGCUCUCGUCACUCUCUCGCUCUCGCUCACUUACCUCGGCUUGUUUGUUCCGUUUGCGUUCAUUGCCUCGCACGCGUUGUCGAACGGAAUCACACAGUCAUCUGCUUUCCACCUCGUCGCAUACCUCAACGCCGGAUCGUUCGCCGGCCGUCUCUUCAGCGGCAUGGCCUCGGACAAGAUCGGAAAGUUUUCCGUCUUCUUCCUCGUCACCUUGAUGUCUGGCCUCGUCGUCCUUCCCUUCUGGUACGUCGUCAACGAGGAAGCCUGGAUCGUCGUCGUCGCCGUCUUCUACGGCUUCGCCUCUGGCGGUGUGCUUGCGAUGUACCCCGCGCUUGUCGCGCAGAUCAGUCCUGUCAAGGAAAUCGGCACCAGACUUGGCUCGUUGAGUGCUGCGAUCGCGUUCGGCGCUCUCGCGUCGCUGCCUAUCGCUGGCGCGCUCGUUAGUAACAAUAAUGGCAAACCGGACUUUUCAGCUAUGCAGCUUUACGCGGGAAUCGUCAUGAUUGCUGGUGCUGGUAUGGCUAUGAUUGCGAAGGCCAGAGGUACUCGUGGUAAUUUGUUUGCCAAGGAGUAG